GAAUGAACCUGGUCACCAGGCCAGGCCCGAGGAAGCAGCAAGGGUGACGGUGUGGCACGUUCCUGCUUGGCUUUCAGAGGUCUGGGCAUUAGAGGGAGGCCGUGGCUUGUCUUCUGUGCUCGGUCAGGUCAGGAAGGCUGAAUGAACUGUUGUGUUGGGGCAGCGGCUUUGUGUCUUGCUCUGGAGAGGGCUGAGAACAGGGCCAGGACACCGCGUUCAGCACGCAGCAGCUAUGGAUAGCUGGCAUUACCUGGGCCCUUUAGGAGUCUUGGAAAUUUUCCACUUACAUUUCAUAUUCAUGGAAGAAUUUCCAGCCCAGACACUUCCUGCUCUUGCUCACGGCAGCUCACAGAUAUGCAAAACAGAGACCUCCCACCUCAGCGGCAGCAGACAGGACCCAGCCAGCUGCACUCACACGGACUCAGCUCAGCCUCCCGGGCAUACACGGUCCAUGGCCUGAGGGCCUCGCCUGUGUGGCAUGCUCAGGAUCAGCCAUGGAGACUCCAGCCCCAGGCUCAGCCGAGAUGCCGCGCCAGUUUCCCAAGCUGAACAUCUCUGAGGUGGAUGAGCAAGUCCGGCUCCUGGCAGAGAAAGUGUUUGCUAAAGUGCUCCGAGAAGAAGACAGCAAAGAUGCCCUGUCCCUCUUCACUGUCCCCGAGGACUGCCCCAUUGGGCAGAAGGAGGCCAAGGAGAGGGAGCUGCAGAAGGAGCUGGCGGAGCAGAAGUCCGUGGAGACGGCAAAAAGAAAGAAAAGUUUCAAGAUGAUUCGGUCCCAGUCCCUGUCUCUGCAAAUGCCUACGCAGCAAGAUUGGAAGGGCGCCCCGACAGCCAGUCCGGUCCUGUCUCCCACUACCCCUGUGUUCCCUGGAGCCACUUGCCAGCCCACGCCAGGGCCCUAUGCCAUUCCCGAGUUCCAGCGGGUCAUCAUCAGUGGAGAUUACUGUGCUGGGAUCACCGUGGAGGACUAUGAGCAGGCUGCCAAAAGCCUAGCCAAGGCCCUGAUGAUACGGGAGAAGUAUGCCAGACUUGCCUACCAUCGCUUCCCACGGACCACGGCCCGGUACCUGGGUGACCAGAGGGUAGACAGUGUACCUCCAGAGGAGGGCCUCCCAGACUUCCACCCUCCCCCUCCACCCCAGGAAGACCCUUACUGUCUGGAUGAUGCUCCCCCAAACCUGGGCUACCUGGUCUGCAUGCAGGGGGGCAUCCUCUUCGUGUAUGAUAAUAAGAAGAUGCUGGAGCGCCAGGAGCCCCACAGCCUACCCUACCCCGACCUGGAGACCUACACGGUGGACAUGAGCCACAUCUUGGCUCUUAUCACGGAUGGUCCCACGAAAACAUACUGUCACCGGCGACUAAACUUUCUGGAAUCCAAGUUCAGUCUUCAUGAGAUGUUAAAUGAAAUGUCUGAGUUCAAAGAGUUGAAGAGUAACCCUCACCGAGACUUCUAUAAUGUGAGAAAGGUGGACACACACAUCCACGCAGCUGCCUGCAUGAACCAGAAGCACUUGCUGCGCUUUAUCAAGCACACGUACAAGACAGAGCCUGACAGGACUGUGGCCGAGAAGCGGGGCCGGAAGAUCACCCUGCGGCAGGUGUUCGACAGCCUGCACAUGGACCCAUAUGAUCUCACUGUCGAUUCACUGGAUGUCCAUGCGGGCCGGCAGACAUUCCAUCGCUUUGACAAGUUCAACUCCAAAUACAACCCUGUGGGGGCCAGUGAGCUGCGCGACCUAUAUUUGAAAACUGAAAACUACCUGGGAGGAGAGUACUUUGCUCGGAUGGUCAAGGAGGUGGCCAGGGAGCUGGAGGAGAGCAAGUACCAGUACUCAGAGCCACGGCUGUCCAUCUAUGGCCGCAAUCCCAAGGAGUGGCCCAAACUGGCCCGCUGGUUCAUCCAGCACAAGGUCUACUCACCCAACAUGCGCUGGAUCAUCCAGGUGCCCCGGAUCUAUGACAUAUUUAGGUCAAAGAAUCUGCUGCCAAGCUUUGGGAAGAUGCUGGAGAAUAUCUUCCUGCCCCUUUUUGAGGCCACAAUCAACCCCCAGGAUCACCGAGAGCUUCAUCUUUUCCUCAAAUAUGUGACAGGGUUUGACAGCGUGGAUGAUGAAUCCAAGCACAGCGACCACAUGUUCUCAGACAAGAGCCCCAACCCAGACAUCUGGACCAGUGAGCAGAACCCGCCCUACAGCUACUACCUGUACUACAUGUAUGCCAACAUCAUGGUGCUCAACAACCUCCGCAGGGAACGAGGCCUGAGCACUUUCUUGUUCCGGCCUCACUGUGGAGAGUCUGGCUCCAUCACCCACCUGGUGUCUGCGUUCCUGACUGCUGACAACAUUUCCCAUGGGCUACUCCUCAAGAAGAGUCCGGUGUUGCAGUAUCUCUACUACCUUGCUCAGAUCCCCAUUGCCAUGUCUCCUCUUAGCAACAACAGUCUGUUCCUUGAAUAUUCCAAAAACCCUCUGAGGGAAUUCCUGCACAAGGGACUCCAUGUUUCUCUCUCCACUGACGACCCCAUGCAGUUCCACUAUACAAAGGAAGCACUUAUGGAAGAAUAUGCAAUUGCCGCUCAAGUGUGGAAGCUGAGCACGUGUGACCUGUGUGAAAUCGCCAGGAACAGCGUGCUGCAGAGUGGCCUCUCCCAUCAGGAGAAGCAAAAGUUUCUGGGACAAAAUUAUUAUAAAGAAGGACCUGAAGGAAAUGAUAUCCGAAAGACAAAUGUUGCUCAGAUUCGGAUGGCGUUCCGAUACGAGACCUUAUGCAAUGAGCUCAGCUUCCUGUCUGAUGCCAUGAAAUCAGAAGAGAUCACAGCUCUGACCAAAUAGGUCCAGCAGUGGACAAUGCAUUUUAACUUUCUGGUUUAAUUUCAAGUUUGCUGCGAUUAACAGUGGUCAAGAUACCAAACUAGGACCGUCCUCCAUGUAGAGGAUGCCUCUGACUAGUGAUUUCGGUUGUACUGUUCACUUUAAGAUCUAACAUGCCCACUUCUGUUAGUAUUUCUGAGUAGUAGAUGGUGACUCCUCCUUGGGGAUCUGGGAGCUGGACACUUGUCUGUACUCAUUCCUAAUUUUCCAAAUAUGUCUCUUGAAACAGCUAGUGCUUGCAUUGUUGGGGCCAGGAUCUUGCAAGGUCCAGUGCCUACUGACAUGAGGUCUGUGUGGUUUUCUGCCAAAAUCCUCUAUAGACCCUGCAGGCUAGUUGGUAGUUGUUCAUUUCAGCCUCUGGCUGGCUGCCUUAAACAAAAUCAAUUUCAAAGCUCCCUUUCAUAAAGGAACUACUUUGAGAGAAUUAAAAUAGAAAAUUUCCUUCUUGACAAUUUGCAUUUUUUAUGAAUUUCUUAAAAUGUUUUACUUAGCCCUCCUAUUUAGGAAGCCACAUACGCACAUUGAACCAAUUGCUUCUGUUCUGUGUCUUGGUUUUCUCAUCUGAAAAGUACGGGUUUGGACUAGAUGAGUAGUUCUCAAAUGUUCUGUGAAUGCCCCCCAUCCUGCCUGGACCACUUCAGGAGGAGGGGGAGGGCAGGGGGAGUGAGGUUCUGGAUGCCACUUUCUUCAAAGCAACUCUUUCAUCACUUUUACACUGGGGCUUCUACAUAUUUUCAUUUGAACUACGGACUUUGGAAAACAUAGGAUUAGAUGAUCCCUGUUCCUUUUGGUUCUAAUAUUUUGACUAUAGCCCAAUUACCAUUUUACUUAUGAAAAGUUAGGGCCAGAGAGGUGAAAUUUGCUUAAGGUCACACAGCUAAUAAGUAAUAGGACCAGAACUACUUUCCCUACUCCUCCUAAUCCAGUCCUUUUCCCCACUGUUUCAUUAGGCCUCACAGAUGUUAAAUUUUACCAGUGUAACCUGUGCAUUUUUUUAAGGUGAAAUUUCUCCCUUACCUAACAUGCAGACUUCUUUAGAAGAUAUAAGUGGUCCCAGGGGCCAGGUAGAAAUUAUUUUUAAGACCAAACUGAAUUUAAGCUUUACCAAUGUACUCUUCAUCUGUGUUACUAGUGCCUGGUACAUAGUAGGUGCUCAAUAAAUGUACAUUGAAUAACUGAAUGAAUUUCUCUUUUGGCAAUUUUUUUAAGGAUAUGUGCUCCAAGUAUGCAACAAGCUGCUCAAGGACCUUUCUAUUUCUGUGGGCAAAUGCAGAUUAUGACAAGCCUUUCUAAAUUAUUAUAGACUUAGAAGAACUCUAUUUUUGCCUGUGAAGAUGCUUAUUUGACUUUAGACGGUCUUGUCCUGUGACUUUAUAAUGCUUAUCCCCUCUACCGAUUAACUCAGCAUAUGGAACAAUAAAUGUAGUCUUUUUAUUAGGCAGACAUGUAUGCUAUCUUCCAGCUAAUGAUGAAACUAACUGAAAACCCAGUAUUUAUCUUACACAUUCAUUAUUUUUGAAAAGGCCCCAUUUGUAUACAUUUGUCCUAACUCAGCAAUUAUUGUACAGUUUUUAAUUGUCAUUUUAUCUGUACCAAGUAUUUGUUUUUAAUUAUUAAAUAAAUGUCUCAAUAAUUUAAAACUAUUUCAGGUUAAUACUAUUUAAAGCAAAACAAAUGAAGAAACAAAAAGCAGAAUCAGACCUAUAAAUAGAGAACUGAUGGUUGCCAGAGGGAAUGGGGUGGGAGCAUGGGUAACACAGGAAGGGGAGUGGUAGACACAAGCUUCCAGUUAUGGAAUAAGUCACAGGAAUAAAAUGCACAGCAUCGGAAAUAAGUCAAUGAUAUCAUAAUAGCACUGUACGGUAACAGAUGGUAGCUACACGUGUGGUGAGCAUAGCAUAAUAUACAGAGAAGUUGAAUCACGAUGUUGUACACCCAAAACUAAUGUAGCCUUGUGUGUCAACUAUACUGAAAUAAAAACAAUUUUUAAAAAAGACUGGGCAUCAUGAAAAGUUAUAAGUAACAACUACCAAUUUAUCUUUUACUAAGACUCAGACAUAGAUGACGUUUACAAUGAAUACUCAAAAAUUUUAAACUGAAGCUCACUAGACCCAGAAGGUGGACCUUUGCUAUCUUUUUUCUCUAAUUUCUGGCCUGUUACAGUUCCUGAGUAAAACCACACGUGUUCCCUUUCCCUGGAUAUUACUUUAAUCUGUUCAGCCACCAUGUAUUCGAUUUUACCUGUCCUGCAAACUUUUCAGACACCUUUUUCGGUAGCGCUUUGCUCUUUUAUCUCAUCACUGUACCUAAUUGGCUUUGGCCUUUUGCAGGGGUGUGGGGUGGGUGGGGGAUGAAUCCCUACUUUCUUUUGUGUUCACAGGUGGAAUCAAAGGCUAUUGUAUACUAGCCCAUGUUUGUAAAAGAACAAAUUUCGAAGCAGGUUAUCCCUUGCUAUAAAAGCCUCAAGUUCAUGUAUGUGUCACUCCAAACUGCAUUGUUGAGAUGAUCAAUAACAUUGCUCUUUGCCACAUGAAAACCAAUCACAGCUCCUGGGUUGGUAUGUACCAAGGUGAGUCCUGGGCCUUUACUUCCUUUUAUCUUGAAUUAAAGCAGAGUUGAAAG